AUGCCCAAGAACUCCGGCUCCAAACAGGAACAGGAUCUACUCAUGUUCGAGUCGAUCCCGUGGUGCAAGAAAAUCCUGGACGACGCCGAGUUUGUGGUAGAGCCGAGUGCCUCCCGAACCCCCAAGGCCCACAGUACAGAAGAUGCUCUCCUCUCGCGCACGCUCAAGACGAACGACACCAUUGAGGGCUGGGUGUCGCUGUAUCGUCGGGGGACGAGCACGAACGCAUCAAGCAAGCACCCUUUGAACCAGCAGACCUUGAACCCAGCUUCAGCUUCAGAAUCAGCAGGACCAAACUCAACAUCAGCCUCGGCAGGGCCAAACUCAACAUCAGCUUCAACAGGGCCAAACUCAUCAGCUUCAGCAAGGCCAAACACGACAUCGGCCUCAGCCCAACCCACACUCAUAGGCCUGAAAUCCGAAGUCCGCACGCUCCUCAGCCUCCGGCCCGGUCUGGACGGGUACCCCGGCAUCUGCCACGGCGGGAUCGUAGCCACCCUUCUUGACGAGGUCAUGAGCGUGCUGGUGAGCGAGUGCCGGCGGUCGCAGGGCCCAGAAGGCCUUAGCCCAGGUUUGGGGUUUAAGCAGGGCCCUGGCACAAACACAGACACAGACAACGUCACCGCCGACCUACACAUCACCUAUCUGAAGCCGGUGCCCACGCCGGCGGUGGUUUUGUGCUGGGCCAAAAUCAGAGCCAUCCAGGGUCGGAAGUAUUUCGUCGACGGGGCCAUUGUGAAUGAGAAUACUGUCAUGCUGGCCCGAGCGGAGGGGUUGUUUAUUGGUGUGAAGAAGGAGAAGUUGUGA